CGGGGCUAAGCGCCUGACGACAUGGGGGCCAAGAUGGCGGCGGCGUGAGUGAGGAAAUGACAGUGAAAGCAACAAUGUUGGGUUAAAGGAACAGGAUCGUUAACUGAAAUAGGCGAAAGCACGACUAUCUUAUUAUAAUCUCCCUGUUAUAGCAAUUCCAAUCCAUGGACUUUUUAAGCAAUGGAGAGCGAGGAUAUAUCGUUUGAGAACAUGGACCCCUCACUGAGUGAUUUCAGUGAGGGUCUCAAUUUUGGGGAUAUUGAUGAAAUGCUGCAAUUUGUCAAUGGCCAAGUUGGAGAUUUUCCUGACCUAUUUGAUGAACAAUUCAGCAGUGGGCUGACAGGGUGUGACAAGCUUGAUCAACCUCCCGUCACCAUGCAGCAACAGCAGCAGCAACUGGUGCAGCAACAAGUACAACUGCAGCAGCAACAACUACUGCAACAACAGGCUCAGCCCUCCACGUCACCAGCACUGCCCCAGACUCCAUCAUCUGCUUCUCAAAGGACCACCCCUGCACUUCAGCCUCGUCCGCCGGCACAGACACAACCACCACAGCAAACGUUCAUGAUAACUUCAAAUUUUACCUCAACCCCAACACAGACCCGCUUCAUCCAGCAACCAUUACUAACCUACCAGAACCAAGGUGGAUUUUCAGUUCUUCAGCCUCAGAUACAGAACCUGGUCACUUCCCCGCAAGUCCAGCCAGUUACCUUCCAGCAGCAGGUGCAAGGUCUGUCCACUCACAGGAUGCUUACUUCAGCCACCACCGUGGGCACCAUUCAGACCCUGACCCCAGGCACUACCACUACUGUUCAAACCCUCUCGCCACAGGUACAGCAGGUACCUGUACUGGUGCAGCCUCAGCUCAUAAAGACAGACUCCUUGGUCCUCACAACUUUGAAAGCUGACCGCAGUCCAGUCCUUGCAGCGAUGCAGAAUCCAACCAUUACCACACUGGCCACCCCAGUGCAGACAACAGCUUUACAAGUCCCAACAUUGGUCAGCAGUAAUGGAACUAUUUUGACCACCGUGCCAAUGAUGGUUGGACCUGACAAGGUUCCAAUCAAGCAGAUUGUUGGGAAUGGAAAAGCCCCAGUUGAGGGACUGAAGGAAGGUGAGAAGAGAACAACACACAAUAUCAUUGAGAAACGCUAUCGGUCAUCCAUCAAUGAUAAAAUCAUAGAACUCAAGGAUCUUGUGAUGGGGACAGAAGCUAAGAUGAAUAAAUCUGGAGUGCUGAGGAAAGCCAUCGAUUACAUUAAAUACCUGCAACAGACCAACCACAAACUACGGCAGGAGAACAUGACAUUGAAAAUAGCCAAUCAGAAGAACAAGGGUCUAAAGGCGACUGAGAUUUCCAGCCUUCUGGACGUUGAUGUUGACUUGAAGACUGAUGACUUCAAAUCGCAUUUAUUGAUAAUGUCGCCACCACCUUCAGAUUCUGGCUCCCCAGGCACUUUCUCACCAUGUUCCAUUGAUUCAGAACCAGGAAGCCCUCUCCUUGAUGAAGCCAUGGUAAAGGAGGAGCCAUUGUCACCCCCUACCCUUGGUAUGCUGGAUAGCUCUCGGAUUCUACUGUGUACCAUUACCUUUCUCUGUCUCUCCUUCAACCCACUUACAUCGCUCUUUGAGCGUCGAGCUCACUCAGCAACAGUUGAAGAUUCUGGACACUAUGGUAGAAGUAUGCUUGGAAUUGAGUCUGGAGAUUCGAAAGGCUGGUUUGAUUGGAUGCUGCCCACCUUAAUCCUCUGGCUGGUGAAUGGAGUCAUCGUGCUGAGUGUAUUUAUUAAACUCUUCAUUUAUGGCGAGCCCAUCACACGCCUCCACUCUCAGUCCUCUGUUACAUUCUGGAGACAUCGCAAGCAAGCAGAUCUUGAUCUGUCCAGGGGUGCCUUUACUGCUGCUGCAGGAAACUUGCAGACUUGUUUGUUGGCGCUGGGACGGGCACUACCUGCCUCUCGGUUAGACUUGGCCUGUAGCCUCUGCUGGAAUAUCAUUCGGCACAGCGUCCAGAAGCUCAUGUUUACGCGCUGGCUACUGAAGUGGACAAGAGGGUUUCGACAGGAGGCACAGCUUCAAGAAGAAGCCAAAAUGAGUGCACGCGAUGCUGCACUAGUUUAUCAUAAACUGCAUCAGCUGCAGUUGACAGAUAAACUGGUGCAGAGUCCAGUGCGUGCCAUAAGCCUGGCUUUGUCUGCAGUUAACCUGGCAGAGUGUGCAGAGGAGAAAAUACCCCAAAGCCUCAUGGCGGAAAUCUAUGUUACAGCGGCCAUCUGCCUUAAAACCAAUUUUGGUGGCAGACUGACCUUCUUAGCGCGCUAUUUCCUGCGUCGUGCCCAGCACGUUUGCCAGUCCCCUGGUGGCUCUGACCCAGGCACCCCGCACUGGCUUUUCCAUCCCUUGGGAUGCCAGUUCUUUGUGGAAUGUGAUUGGUCUAUUAAAUCUGCUCCGAGAGAGAGUCUCUUCAGCUCCCUUAGGAAUCCAGUAGAUCCAGUAGCCCAGGUGAACCAGGCAUUUUGUGAAAAUCUGCUUGAAAGAGCUGUAUACUCGCUGCUCAAGCCAGAGACCGAGGAAGCUGGGGAGUUCUGUAAUGCCUUUGAGUACUUGCAGUUACUUAACACUUGUGCUGACACAGCCAGGAGUUCGACCCAGGCAUUUGCCACUGAUGCCAGUCUGAGAACAACCACAGGUCCGGACCCUGUCAGUAAGUGGUGGACAGCGGUUGUUACGUUUGCUGUACACUGGCUUCAGGGUGACGAUUCAAAGGCUAAAGGAUUGUCUACUAAAGUGGAACGAAUCCCCAAGUCCCUACAGAUGUCUGAAAGCCCGCUGCCAAAGGCAAUUCUUCACGUUUAUAAGGCUAUGCAAGCGAGCCUGUUGGGGAAACGAGAUGCUCAUCAGACAACAUUUCUGCGCUGUGAGAGGGCCAGUGGAUAUCUAUGGAAUACCUUGACUGUCUCCAGCCCACACCAGGAUACCAACCUGCAUAAGGCCGUGCAGCUGUUGGUCUGUGACAUUUUGCUUUCAAUUCGUACAACGUUGUGGCAGAAGCAGGCGAACUCCAGCCAGGCUGUGGGUGAGACUUACCAAGCUUCAAGUCUAGAGCUGAAAGGAUUCCAACGAGACUUGAGCAGUCUCCGAAAGCUUGGCCAGACAUUUAAGCCUGCACAUCGUAAGAUGUUUUUGCAUGAAGCGACUGUACGAUUGAUGGCAGGUGCAAGCCCAACUCGAACCCACCAGCUUUUGGAGCACAGUCUGAGGAGGCGAACAUCACACCCCAUCCAACAAGGUGAAUUGGACGCUCUUCCAGGCCAGAGAGAGAGAGCGACAGCCAUACUCCUGGCAUGCCGACACCUUCCCCUCUCGUUUCUCUCUUCUCCGGGUCAGAGGGCAGUCAUGCUAGCUGAGGCUGCACGUACACUGGAGAAACUUGGAGACAAGCGGUCUGUCAGUGACUGCCAGCAGGUGAUCAUGAAACUGGGCAGUGGCACCACAAUUGCAGCGAGCUGAUAAACACAGUGCUACUCUCCAGCCUGCGGUAAAUGCCUUCUAUCCUCUGACUGGAUCGUACUGUCAUGCCCUUAAACAAUGAGUGAAGGCACCAGCAGGUGUUUCAGAACCUACAUGAUUUCCCUCUGGUAAAAUGCAGUUUGGCCAAUUGACUGGAAAAGAUAUUUUCGCAAUCUUUCUUACCGCUAAGAUCACUGUUUGAGCGUGAAGGUUGCUUUUCACAGAAUGCUAAUGAUGGUAUUCGAGUAGUUCACUCCUGCGUGAUCCAGAAUCAUCAUUAAUUUGCACCCUCCCUCCUAUUUUCCCCACCAAUCUAUCUAAUACUAGUACACUAUUGAAGAGGCCUAUCAGCAAUUUGUUGCCUUAUUUGUUCCUCACAGUCCUAUUCUCUCAAAGCUGCAGUUCUCAAUCAGAGGGUACAGUCGGCUGGUAUCAAAAUUCCCGAUAUUUUAAAUAAUUUAUUAAAUUUUUACAGCCUCAUACUUUACUCUUGAAUGGUGUUAAAGUCGUAAGAAAGUAAUUUAUCAUGUGGACAGACAUUUUCAUAUGUAGGUUACAAGAAUUUUUUUAAAAAAUCAACGCCCAUAAAAGCCAAACGAGUUUGUCCAUUUUUAGAUCAGCUCUGUCUAACUGCUUUCUCACCAUGUAAUCUUAAUACCUGCAGGAUGAGUUUAUCGCUGCUGCAUUUUAAUGAGACUGUUUAUUUUUUACUGUUUCAAGUUCCCAGGAUCAGUUUUAGUCCUGGCUGAUUCAUAGUUUAAAUGCUUAAGCAGCUCCUCCCCUGGAAAUAUCCAAGAGAUGUACAAUACCAAUCUUUAUGGCAAUAACUAAGAUUUUAAAAGUCUUGCUUUGUAAUUCCCUGGCAUUGCUGCACACCAGUAAAUGUGGGCUGAUGCUUGUCUCAAAUGGGCAACUCCACUUAGCCCUGUUCAAAAAAAAUUCUCUAAGUCACAUUAAACUUCAGUCUAAAAGGUAACUUAAGGCAGGUAGAUUUGGUGUAGUGUAAGUGUAGGAUUGAUUGGACAUUAUAAAAACAGGCCUUGCAUGUUGACACCAAACACACGGUGGUCAAUGCUUCUAACUUACAUGUGCAAAUCCAGUUGCCACUAACACAUAUAUUGACGGACUCAUGCACUUUGAAGUGAUAGAGCCACAAUUGCUGAUUUUAAUGGUAUGAAGCACAGGACAGGAGGAUAAAAGGUGAUUUUAGAUCUUUGUGGGUUUUUUUACAACUUUUAAAUAUCAAUAAUUGUAUAAGCAAAGCCAAAAAAAAGUGCCAUAGAAAUGAAUGGUGGGAAGUCCUAGAGGUGACUUGUGAGAGUGACCUGGUCGACCUAAGCAGCAGCAAAAAGGUUACAGAUGCAAAUCCACAGCACAAUUUUGCAGUUCUAUAAAUGGAAAAGUAGACCCAUAUUACCCAGUGAUCAUAUCAAAACAGAAAGGUACAUGUAGACAAGACAUGACUGCAGUUUUCUGUACAAGAAACAAUGCAAAGACUGUACAUAAGAGGCGGGCUGCCCGGUUAAAUAGUUCAAAUUUCCAGCAUCCGCAGUAUUUAGCCUUUAGAUAGUUCUGACUAUGACUUUCCUCUGCAUCAUUCUUGCUGUAAAUAUUUAGUAAGUGCAAGUAGCUUGUAGUUUCUUUCCCUGGUUGAACAUGUGGAAACAUUUUUCUAAUUAUGACUGGUAUUUUAUUUAAUGGAUAAAUAUCAUCAAUGUAUAGAGUGAUUUUGAGGCAUUUUUUCCAUGGAAUAAAAUACUUCAGUACCAAA